ACACAUAAUUUGAUUUUUUGCUAAUUCAUAUUUUAAUCUUUCUCAAUCCCUGGAUCCCCUCACCAAAACUCUCUACUCCACUCAAAAAGUCAAACCUCAUCAAAAUCUGAUCGACUAGAAACUGAGUGAAGGACGCGAAAAUCGAACGAAUUGGCCAUGGAUGCUCUUCGGCUGCUCUUGGUUCUAUCAAUCAUCUCUCCUUUCGCUGCCACCACCGCCGUCAACGCCGGCGAUAAAGUGGCGCUGGAGCUGUACUACGAGACUCUCUGCCCCUACUGUUCCAAUCUCAUAGUCAACUACCUCUACAAAAUAUUCGAGUCUGAUCUACUCACAAUUACCGAUCUAAAGCUUAUUCCCUAUGGAAACGCUAAAAUCAAGUCUGAUGGUACCAUCGUUUGCCAGCAUGGUGAAUAUGAAUGCAUAUUGAACACUGUGGAGGCGUGUGCAAUUGAUGCCUGGCCUAAAGUGAAAGAUCAUUUCCCAUUUAUCUACUGUGUGGAAAGUCUUGUAUACCAUGAUAACUACACCCAUUGGGCAACAUGCUUUGAGAAAUUGGGUCUUGAUGCCACCCCUGUUAUGGAUUGUUACAACAGUGACCGUGGAAAAAAGAUUAUACUACAAUAUGCGGCUAAAACAAAUGCUCUUGAACCCCCUCAUACGUACGUGCCAUGGGUAGUUGUGGAUGGACAGCCCAUAUAUGAUGAUUAUCGGAACUUCAAAAGCUAUAUCUGUGAUGCAUACAAAGGGACCCCCAAACCAUCCGCUUGCACUGAACUGUCAGUUGGGCGCAUUCGAAAGGUGAAAAUGGACUUGCUCAAUUCUCUCUUUGGACAAGAAUCAUUCAAAUCAAAGAUGUCCCGUGUAUUGCCAGCAAUACUUUCAUGGCUGCAGUGAAACAAAGUCGUAUAUAGUAUGUGGUUUUAGACUUAUGUUGCUCUUUCAAAACCCUUAAGGUGCUCUCUCUUGUAUGGUCUAAAGGUUACUGUAGUAGAAAGGGGAAAGAAGAUUGUAUUUGCGUAUGUUGAACAAUUAGUUUGUUAUGUGUAAUUAUAUACUUAAAUGAUGAUGGGGAUGUGCAGCUUUAUUUAGCCAGAUAUCAUAGACCCUUCAGCAAUCAAAAUGCCACUUUUAUACA